ACACAUGGACGGGAAGCGCAAUCUCUCCAUUCCCUUUGGGGAACGUCACGUGCUACACAGCGCACAUUCUAGUAAAGGGGGUUUCGAAAUCCAUUAAAGCCAGCUGUCUGAGAAAAACUGAGCACAGACCCGGGGAAUCCUGCUAGAUAAAGCUGAGUCUGCUGCGGAUGUUUUCAGAAAACUUCCAGAGCAUUUCUCACACCCCGAGUACAGACUAUUAGGAGUUUAGUUGUUUCACUGAGUGGUUUGGGUUCAAGCGCUUUUCUACAGUUUAGUAGAAGGGUCAGGUAAUCAGCUAUUACAUUUUAACUACACGAUUUAUUUUAAGAGACAUACGUAAUUAGCUUUCGUUGUUCAGUAUUGAUUUCCUUUUAUGGUGUCAGGAUUAAAGUUGUGUGAACUAUCAGUUACGGUAGUUUAAAAGUUCUCGUAAGUUUCAUAAAAGUUUUAACAACCUGAGAACUUUAUAAAGACGUGUUUUUGUAUUAAAGAGAAUGGCAGACGGACACUUUUACACAAUAGGCAGCAGGCACAGGAUUCCGAGAGACCCGUUCAGAGAGCAGCCGCUUGGGUCCCGGUUCCUGGAUGAAGAUUUUGGAAUGACCCCCUUCUCGGACGAGCUGUCAAUGGACUGGCUGGGUUGGGCUAGACCCCGACUCAGCGCUCCGUGGCCGGGUACCCUGCGCUCGGAGAUCUCGCGGGGAUCCACUGCUACCCCUCCUGGAUAUGGUGCGCGAUACUCAGCCACCGUCCCCGGGGAGCCUUGGAAAGUGUGCGUAAAUGUGCACAACUUCAAACCUGAGGAACUGACAGUUAAAACGAAGGAUGGCUUUGUAGAAGUGUCAGGCAUGCAUGAAGAAAAGCAAGAAGAAGGAGGAAUAGUUUCCAAAAACUUUACAAAAAAAAUUCAGAUUCCUGGGGAUGUUGAUCCUGUGACAGUCUUUGCCUCCUUGUCUCCUGAAGGAGUUCUUAUUAUUGAAGCUCAUCAGACUCCACCAUAUUACCUCUUUGGCAAUGACAGCGGAGGAGAGGAAACAGAGUUUAAAUCUCAAGAGACAUCUGUGGCUUAGUCCCGGCACCUGGAGUGUCAGAGGUGGCCUUAAAGGUGAACCGUAAUCCUGAGAUCAUCGA